AUGGCUAUUAGGGUUCCUCGUGUGUUGCAGUCGUCAAAGCAAAUUCUUAAAUCGUUCUCACACUCAUCAAACAACGUCGAUGUUCCAAAAGGACACCUUGCGGUUUACGUGGGAGAGAAGCUGCAGAAGAGGAGAUUCGUGGUUCCUGUGACCUACUUGAGCCACCCUUCGUUUCAAAAUCUUUUAAGAGAAGCAGAGGAAGAGUUUGGGUUUGAUCAUCCAAUGGGUGGCCUCACUAUACCCUGCAAUGAACAAAUCUUUAUCGAUCUUGCCUCUCGCCUCAACACUUCAUCGUGA